CAUUCACCAUUUUCAUCACAAAUCUCAAUUUCAAAACCCUAAAUCCCAAAUUCAAAGUUUUUCAAAAGUCUCGAUUGAAAAUGUCAGGUCGUGGAAAGGGAGGUAAGGGAUUAGGAAAGGGAGGUGCAAAGAGACAUCGCAAAGUGCUUCGUGACAACAUCCAAGGAAUCACAAAGCCAGCGAUUCGGCGAUUAGCGAGAAGAGGAGGUGUGAAGAGAAUCAGCGGGUUGAUUUAUGAAGAAACUCGCGGUGUGUUGAAGAUUUUCUUGGAGAAUGUGAUAAGAGAUGCUGUUACGUAUACUGAACAUGCGAGGAGGAAGACGGUUACUGCUAUGGAUGUUGUUUAUGCGUUGAAGAGACAAGGAAGGACUUUGUAUGGUUUCGGAGGUUGAAGAAGAUGAUGAAGAAGUUGAUUUAGGGUUAUGGUUAUGAAUUAUGUGUAUUUUGAAUGUUAGUUUAUUUCGUAAUGUUUAAUGGUGAAUUAGAUUGAUGUAUAUUCAGUUUUUAGCUGAAUUUGAAAUUUGAAUUCAAUGAAAGAGUAAUGUUUGGGUAA